AGCUUUCUGUUUCCCCAGCCCUCUGCUGUCGCAGACAUGCUAUCUUUGUCACUACGGCAAACAUUACGGCCCCUCUUCUCCAGAGUUUCAGGAUGUCUGGGCCGAGAUCAUCAGAUCGCUGUGGAGUCGUGCAGGCGAGGCCUCAGCAGCGCCAGUGGGUGGACGGGACAGGAGAGCCUGGCCCAGGAUGACCCAGAGAUGUGGAGCCUCCUGCAGCAGGAGAAGGACAGGCAGUGUCGGGGACUGGAGCUCAUUGCGUCAGAGAACUUCUGCAGCCGUGCAGCUCUUGAGGCCCAGGGCUCAUGUCUGAACAACAAAUACUCUGAGGGAUACCCAGGACAAAGGUACUAUGGCGGUGCAGAGAUCGUAGACCAGAUUGAGCUGCUGUGUCAGAAACGAGCACUCAUCGCUUUUGGUCUGGACCCAAAUUUGUGGGGUGUCAAUGUUCAGCCAUACUCUGGCUCCCCCGCUAACUUUGCAGCCUACACAUCUGUACUGAAGCCUCAUGACCGCAUCAUGGGCCUGGAUCUGCCCGACGGAGGACACCUUACCCACGGCUACAUGACAGAUGCCAAGAGAAUCUCAGCCACCUCCAUCUACUUUGAAUCAAUGCCUUACAAGCUGGAUCCCAAAACGGGCCUGAUAGAUUACGAUCAGCUGGAGAGGACGGCCCGACUCUUCAGACCCAGACUCAUCAUAGCAGGAACCAGUGCCUACGCUCGCCUCCUCGAUUACGCUCGCAUGAAGAAGCUGUGUGUGGAGCUGAAUGCCUACCUGCUGGCAGACAUGGCUCACAUCAGCGGCCUGGUGGCAGCAGGGGCUGUUCCCUCUCCUUUCCAACAUGCUGACCUGGUCACCUCCACUACCCAUAAAUCCCUGCGUGGAGCAAGGGCCGGUCUGAUCUUCUACCGUAAAGGUGUGCAGUCUGUGGAUAAGAAAGGUCGGGAGGUGACCUAUGACCUCCAGGACAGGGUGAACUUUGCCGUGUUCCCUUCACUUCAGGGAGGACCUCACAAUCACGCCAUUGCUGGGGUGGCCGUCGCCCUCAAACAGGCUUCCACUCCCAUGUUCAAACAGUAUAUCACUCAAGUGCUGCUGAACGCCAAGGCCAUGGCGAACGCUCUGCUGAAGAAAGGCUACGCCCUGGUCUCAGGUGGAACAGACAACCACCUGGUCUUGGUUGACCUUCGACCUUGUGGGAUGGACGGGGCUCGGGCCGAGAGGGUGCUGGAGCUGGUGUCCAUCACCGCCAACAAGAACACGUGCCCCGGAGACAAGAGCGCCCUCACUCCAGGAGGACUUAGGCUCGGAACCCCGGCUCUGACCUCCCGACAGUUCAAAGAGGCAGACUUUGAGAAAGUUGUGGAAUUUUUCAAUGAAGGGAUUCAGAUCGCGCUGGAUGUGAAGAAGAAGACCGGAAACCUGGCCAGCUUCAAGUCCUUCCUGCUGGAGGACCCAGAGACAGUGUCGCGCAUCGCAGAACUACGCCAGCGGGUGGAGCUAUUCUCCAGGCCCUUCCCCAUGCCGGGUUUCACUGACCACUGACAGUGCCACAGCCGGAAAGGCAGUUUCCCCAUCACAUCACGAACACGCUGGAUCCUUUAGAUCUUCUCUAAUGUAAUGCUUUUCACACACAGUCACAUUUUCAGACAAGCUCAUGACAUAUCAGCCAGAACAUGAAAAAUCUAAUAUGAUUUAUCAAAGCCUGAUAAUGGAUCAGGACCUAUAUCUACAGCUACUUACAGCUACAUUAUAACGUGUUAUAAAUCAUUCAUUACAUUUUCAAUAAACUGCUAAUAAAUAUUAAAUAGGGAGACGUAUUGUAAAGUGUUACUUCUGUGUCUUAUGCUCCUUAUAUAAUGACACCACAAUAAUGAGAUGAUGUUAAAUUUGCAGCAGGUUUAACUGUAUCAGCAUCUCAUUCAGCAAAACAGUUUGUUACACUUUGACAACUUAGUACAGUACUGGACUAAAAUUCUUAUAGGCUGCUUUGGGAAGUGAUGUUUUUAUUUGUUUUUGUGAAGGCAAGGAACUAAGUGAGUAAGUAACAAGUUUUCACUUCACAGUCAGGACAGCUAAGAAAGACUGUAAGUGUUUUCAGGUAUUUGGCUUUUCUGUCACUAAGCUCUUUUUAGAGCCCUUAUCAGUGUCAGGCUUUGUCCCAGGCCCUGGGAAAAUCACAGCAGCUGGACACCAACAACAAACCAAAAACUGGAAACAGCACAAACAUUUGCAAACUACGUUUUUAGACUUUUUUUGUAAAACACACAAAUUUCACCUACUGUUACCUUCACUUUUAUUCUUAAUUUCUAAAAGGAUUUGUGACAAGUGUACAAUGUAUAUAUACAGUAGAUCUUCUUAAUUGCAAUAAAAUCUCAUUCUGAA